AUGUCUUCAAAGACGUACGUCAGCCACCCGGUAACUAGAUCACUGCUCAUUCUCAUCCAGGUGGCGCUGGGUACAAAUGCCUUCAGCUUUUGUCUCCAAGUCCAUCCAUCCGGUGGACUUGCGCAGUCUCCAAGUCCUGUAUAUCACACCCUGCGCAUUCCCUGGUAUCGACAGGGGCUGUAUCUCCCCGCAUCAUUCGAUCUAUACGCCGGUGGUAAUGUGGUGCGAAGUCGGAAGGACCCUUCUCCUGAUCCUCAGGAUCAUCGUGCCCAUAUCCACUACCGUGGGUUUGAGGGCCUGCUGAGUCUUCGUGCAACGAUUGAUCUAUUCCGUGGUGAUCAAGGAGGGACCGCCGACUCUUCCAGUCCUGAGGAGCACGCUUCGGUGAAUGUUGCGCGGAAGGGAAUCGGCAGGAAAUAUCGUGUUGAGAUUUCUCAUGCUGAUUCCGUCAAGACGUUCUAUUGGAAGGGAUCGAAGACGGCUCUGUCACUGCUGGAGACUGAGGACGACACUCUUCCCAAUAGUGGGAAUGGCAAUCUGAAGUUCUUUGCUGCGGAUGCACCAGAGGAUAUCCUUGCAGUAUGGCAGAAUAGAACUGACCGGCAGAUUUUGGGAUCAUUGAAUGUCAUUGCGAAUUUGGAUGCUGGGUCUGAUGGGGUGCUGGAAGGGUUGGUGGCGAGCUGUCUGGCUGUUGUGGUUGCUGAGAGGGUGUCUGGGCGAGGAUGGAUAGGUGGAUUAGGGAAGUCCAAAGGACCUUAG